UCUCUCAACACUAUGAUCAAUUCUGCAAUGUAUGAAAACAAUGUUUGAUUAUUUGUGCCUUGAGUCGUGAAAAUCUAUAUAUUUUUUAUCGAAAAUAGAAACGUUUGAUGCGAUGAAAAAUAUGUACAUUGUUCAACGUAAAAAUUAGAUUACGUCGAACAUGAUUAAAAAAAAAAAUAAAGGACUAUCAAUGUUACAGUUUUAUGCUCAAGUUCCCUGCUAUAUAUACAUACAUAAGCGAAUACAAGAAUAUACAUAAUAAAAAUAAUUAAAUACUAUAUUAUAAAUAGAGAAAUAAUGUGAUAAAUAUUAUGUGUUCAUUAUAUUGAAGCGUUUAAUAAAAGAAGUUCUUGAUUAAGGAACAAAGAUAUACAGAGACAAUAAAAGUGUUAAUUACACUUCUAGAUGUUUAUCCUGCUGUAUGUAUGAUUAUGCUAAAAUAAUUGUGUACAUUAUCGAUAAAUUAGUUUUAUAAGUUAUACAUAUUUGAUAAAUUAUUUUACAGUCCAGACCUUGUUUAUCUCUACUUGCUCACUGUUAUUUUUAUACUCAAGAUUUUAUAGCUUCUGCGCAAUGUUAUGAAAAAUUAGUUCAAUUAUGUCCGGAUGAAAGUAUAUACAAGUUAUACCAUGGUCAAUCUUUACAUCAAGCAUGUAUGUAUCAAGAAGCAUGGACAAUAUGUUCCAGUAUUGUUAAUCAAAGCAACCUGGAAUUUAAAGUAAAGAAACUGCAGGCAGCAAUAAAAUAUGGCCAAGAAGAUAUUGUUGCUGCAAAAAAUCUUGUCGAUCAAUGCUCAGUUGAUGAUGUUGAUACAGAGAUUAAUUUAGGAUGUCUUUUAUAUAAGGAAGAACAAUAUGAACAAGCCUUAAAAAAGUUUGCAAAUGCGUUACAAAUUGCAGGUUUUAAACCUCAUUUAUCAUAUAAUGUUGCACUUUGCUAUUUUAAAUUAAAAGAGUAUGCUGCAUCCUCGAAACACAUUGCUGAUAUUAUUGAACAAGGGAUAAAGGAACAUCCAGAAUUAGGAGUAGGCAUGACAACAGAAGGCAUAGAAGUACGCAGUGUUGGUAAUACUUUAACGCUUCACGAAACAGCUUUAACAGAAGCAUUCAAUUUAAAAGCAGCCAUAGAAUAUCAACUACAAAAUUUUGAAGCAGCAAAAGAAGCAUUAACAGAUAUGCCUCCCAGGUCUGAAGAAGAGCUUGAUGCUGUUACUUUGCAUAAUCAAGCCUUAAUAAAUAUGGAUACAAAGCCAAGCGAAGGAUUUGAGAAACUAAUGUUUUUAUUACAACAAAAUCCAUUUCCACCUGAAACUUUUGCUAAUUUGUUACUGUUGUACUGCAAAUAUCAAUACUAUGAUUUAGCUGCAGAUGUGCUUGCCGAAAAUGUGCACUUGACUUACAAAUAUUUAACGUCGUAUUUAUAUGAUUUUUUGGAUGCAUUAAUUACGCAACAAACUUCACCAGAAGAAGCCUAUCGGAAAUUUGACGAUCUCGGUAAUAAACAUAUGGAAAUAUUACGAAAAGCUACAAAAAGAGUACAAGAAGCAAGAUUAAAUCACGAUGAUAGUGCUGUUAAAAAAGCAGUAAAUGAUUACGAAGAAGCCUUAGAAAGAUACAUACCAGUUUUAAUGGCACAAGCUAAAAUUUAUUGGGAACUUGGGAAUUAUAUACAAGUGGAAAAGAUUUUCAGAAAAAGCGUGGAAUUCUGCAAUGAGCAUGAUAUAUGGAAACUAAAUGUAGCUCAUACUCUUUUUAUGCAAGAAAAUAAAUUUAAAGAAGCGACUGGAUUUUACGAGCCGAUUGUUCGAAAAAAAUAUGAUAAUAUUUUAGAUGUAAGCGCUAUAGUACUUGCUAAUUUAUGCGUUAGCUACAUUAUGAACUCUCAGAACGCGGAAGCUGAAGGAUUGAUGAAAAAAAUUGAAAAGGAAGAGCAAGCCAUUUCGCAAGAAGAUCAGGAGAAAAAAUUAUUUCAUUUGUGUAUUGUAAAUUUAGUAAUUGGAACGUUGUAUUGUUCAAAAGGAAAUUAUGAAUUUGGGAUAUCCAGAGUAAUGAAAAGUUUGGAACCUUAUAAUAAAAAAUUAGGAACAGAUACUUGGUUUUAUGCGAAAAGAUGCUUUCUAUCUCUUUUAGAACAGCUGGCUAAACAACUAGUAGUUUUAAAAGAUAUUACACUUCAGGAAUGUAUACAAUUCUUGGAACACUGUGAAGUUUACGGAAGAGACGUGGUGACAGUUGUAGAGCAGCCUUUUGAUAUGCAGGAUAUGCUUUCCGUAACUCCUCAAGGAAAAGAAACAGUUGUAUACGAAGCGCGUUAUUUAAAAGCUUUAUUCUUAAAACUACAAAUGUGAAUAUCUACGUAAAGAUAUGUGUAAUGUAUGUAGCAUUUGGUAGCAAGGAUUUAUUAUAUGUAUAUACAUAUGUAUACGAUCAUUAAAUCUUAACAUAAA